AUGGCAGCUGAGAAUGAUCAAUUUGAAGAAUUCGAUAGUGCUAACUACCAGGAACAUUUGGCAGUUAAGGUCUUUCAAGACUGCUGUCGUGAGAAGAGAAGGCUGCUAUUCGACAUGGGACAAGAAAGCAAGAAAACGAUAUCUCAAGGUGAACAUCAGAAGUUUACUGUCUAUAUUGAAGAAAAACUUGAAUCCGGAAUUCAUAUCACCGAAAUUCUUUCGAAGGCUGCUGAUGAUGAUAGUAAACCGUGUAAAUUAUCAGAAUCUGAUGAUCAAACAUUUUGUGCCUUGGGAUUAUUCUCUGACACGUUGGCAAACACUGAAACCAUCAGUUCUGACAAGCUUCUAAAUAAUAAUGCAGUUAAUAAUAUUGUUUUGAUUGAGGGAGAAGUCGGUGAAUCUAAUGGGAAUACUUUUGAUCCUAAAAAGCGAGAGGAUAUGGGUGUCAAUUAUAUUGCAAAGAAAACGCAUGCUUUGCAGUUCCAUUUUACCCAAGAUGACGAUCCGGAAAUCGCCGAAUUGUUACCAGUUACUAUAAAAGCUUGCUUUCCGCAUUCCUUGUCUUGGAGUGAUUAUCAAGUAAAUCAUUUGAACGCCACUCAUGUUAUUUUCAAUAGUUUUAUAGUAUUAUUGAAAUGCUUGUUGAAGUAGGACUGGUUGCAUGCUAGAGGUUCAAGAUAUCGACAGAGCUG